CAAUGCAAACAUUGAUCCAGAUACUGUCAUUGAGACCGUCAGUUAUAUCUUAGUAACCAAUAUCUAUGGCCAACUGUUCUUCAUCUAUUGCUGCAGAUACUAAAACAACCAAUAUGGCCGCUGAUCAUCUCUCUAAAACAAGCAAAACAAGUAAAGCCCAUGAGGGUUCUUCAGAUUUCGACAACUAUCGACCAGUGAUAGCGUCGCCUAGAGUCAGAUGUCAAGAUGCAAAGGCGAAUGGCACAUCAUCAUCAUCAGUGCAGCAGGAUGCUUUGCAACCGAUGCAAAGAGUCCAAUUCAGCAAGAGGAAUCUGGCCGAGAAAAACUGUUUCGGCAUUGGAAUGAAGUGGCUGGAAGGGUUUGCAUACCCGAAAUCUGGGGUCAGGAGGCUUCUCUGAAUGAUUGGAUGGAUUGUUCUUUGUUUGAUUCGUUGCUUGCUCCCAAAGGAGCUGUUUCAGCUCGUGAAGCACUGAUUGCCGAGAGAAAACGAGACAGCACGAGACACUUGAUGAAAAUGGAAACCAGGGGGAACAAUUCAUCUGUAAGGCAGGGAAGUGGUCGAUCUGGAGAUCCUAAACCAUCUAUCGAUGCAUAUAUAAAAUACUGAAGUAUUUCUUUUCUUAUCUUUUCUUUUGCCCUUUUCUUUGUUCUCAAUUUGAAAGAUGGUGUAUCUAAUUCGACUUCCAAGGGACUGAUGCAGGAAUGGUAUUUAUCUUGAAAAUUAUCAAAUAUUUAGCACAAAUUUAAAGAGAGAGAGAGAAAUAGCUGAUUCUUCACUCUAUCGGAAGAAAAUCCAAAAAGUGCAGUGUCCCUUGUUUUUUUCUUUGAACAAAAAGGCAAUCACUUUAAUUUCUUUAUAUAACUUUAGAUUGGUCUCCCUUUAUCUUAAUUAGGAAGUCGAAGUGGAGAUCUUUAGAUUUCAGAAUGGAGUUUCAUCCA